AGGACGGCGCGCCAGGCAAAGAAAGCAAGAAGAAGACGCAGAGCAGAGGAAACGAAAGCAACCGUUUGUGUGCGACUAUUGGCAGCACAGUAUCACAUCACAUCACCCCUCCUCUCUCUCCAGCAAAGCCUGGCACAUGGUGAUUCAGAGCGGCUGCUCGGGACACGGCACACGAUUGCGCCGUAGCCGCAAGUGACAGGAGCCAGCAGAAACAGUAGCAGUAGCAGUAGACGACCAGCAAUCAUGAGCGGUGCUCCAUCUUCGUCCAUGUUUUUUGGUGUGAUGAACAGCACCACCAGCACCAUGUUCAAUGUCUCGACGAACGUCUCCACGACAGCCAACUCGACGGUGACUGGCGAGCAGCUGCCGGAGGAUCUGCCGUUCACCAUCCUGCUGUCUGCGGCGUGCGUGAUCUGGGUGCUGUUCCUCACCUUCUACGUGUCGCGGUGCAUUGGCUUUGUUCUCACCAAGCUGCUGCAGUGGCAGCUGCGCCUCAAGGACUCCAACAUGUUCCUCAACAUCGGCAGCGUGUACAUCUCUCCCAUUGCCGGUCGCAUCGUGUUUCGAGACAUUCGCUUCGUCACCACCUCUUUUGCUAUUACCAUCGUGGACGGUUACUUCCGCAUCAGUUACUGGUCUGCUGUUGAUCGAGAUGAGCCUGGCAUAGCCAAAUCAUCGCGCAUGAUCCUGCAACUCAACGGCCUCUCAUAUCACGUCUACAAUCACGACGCGAAAUACGCCGAACUCCGCAAAAUCCUGGAUGGAGUGUUACGAACGCACCUCGGCAUCAGCAGCAGCGAAAUCCACCAUCCACGCGCACACUCAAGCGAAUCUGUCGCUUCGCAUUCGGAUUCUGUGCCCGUUGAGCACACGUAUGUCGCCGACAGACACCGAGAUAAGGCGACACCACCACAACAGCAGCAACACGCACAGCCACGGCAGCAACACGCACAGCCACAGCAACAACAGCAACAGCAUACACAACAACAACAACAGCGGCGUACGCUGGGCCCGCCACCACAGCCACCGCCACGCUCACACUCUCCAUCCCCGAAAUCCCAGCGUUCACAGCAGCAACAACACCAACAACAACAGCAACAGCAGAGCCCGCCUGUGCUGGCGUCGCCCAUAUCAUCGAUGGGAUCAUUACAGCAACAGCUGCCGCCACCACCGCCACCACCGCCACCACGCAGUGGUAUCAUGGGUUCCCGGCCAGCAACUGCGCCAGCCACACCCACCGCGCCACACUCACUGUCACCACCGGCAGUGCCGUACAUGCGCGCUGACAAUACCGGGGGUGCUGGUGUUGUUGGCGGUGGAGAUAGCGGUGAUGACGACCCUUCCCAAGCACACGACCAGCAGCAGGAACAACAACAUGUUCGAUCGCCACCACCACCGCGCGAUUUUGAUGAUGGCGAGUGGAACAGCAGCAUGGAUGCGAGCGUGAGCCAGGCGGGCACGGGCGGGCAUGACGCAACGCGGGGGCGUGGGCAUGACGCAACCGUUGCACCUGAUGAGGCAGCACGCCGCACGACGUUUGGCUGGCUGCACGUGCUCUUCCCCACCAUCAAGGUGCGGGUGGUCUCUGGUCGCUACAUUGUUGGCAACGACCACCUCCCGAGCGUGCUUGCCGUCACGUUUCCGCGUGCAAGGUUCACGUACGGUCUCGUGAGCGGGAACAGGCACGAUCUCGCCACAUACGCCGUCAAGGGCGUCAUUCGUCACAUCAAGGUGCGGCUGGAGCCCAACAAGCACUACAAUCUGUCGUUAUCCCCGCACGGCUACCCCAUCUACGAACCCAUCCCACUCAACCCAGUGCAGCCCACACGCCAGGCAGCGCGAAAGCGGCGUAAGGCACUUGCGUCCCCUUCCAACCUACGCGCGAAGAAGGUUGACGUGAGCUACACGUGCGCCAUCCCAGGCCUCUUCGGCUCCGUGUGCAAUUUGCAACACGUUGCACCGCCCGUGUUUGAUUUGCAAGUGGACGUCGAUUCCGCCGUGGACAUUGUGUACGCGGCGAACAUGAACCAGCAGCGCGCAAUUCUUCAGGAAUUCUUCUUUCCAUGGGAUUUUUGUGACCGCGCUCCCACGCCCGCACCAGACCCGGUGCAGCCCCGCCCCUUUGAGGCGUUUACACUUCGCGUCAAUUUCAAGUCGGCUGUUCGUGCGCACGUGCCCUUCUACACCCUCAACGCCAUUGGGCAGCAACUCGACACCCUCGCGCCCGACUUUGUGUAUGUGCAGGCCUGCGAUGGCCAGCUGGACGCAACGGUCCCCUUUCUCAUUGGCGACGGCGGUUACCAGCUCGACUGGAAACUCACCCUCAACGGCUCACAGGACACGGCCGUGUUUGCCAACACCUCGUAUCCGUUUUACGAACCACUCGUCGAGUCUUGUGGCAGCGUGCAAGUUGAGUGCCUGACGUGUGUGCCGUUGCGGUGGUUUGGCGAGGGCACGUGCACAUACACCGUCAAUCUCGAAGCGCCCAUCGUGCACUACAUCAAACUCCACAACCAGUUCUUCAAGGGCCUCGUUGCCGGUCUCGCGGGAACGCCCCUUCCGGAUGCAGAGUCCUCCCAUCUGCCAUACGUGUACAACAUCGUUGGCAAUCUGAAGGACUUUCACGUUCUCUGGAUGGUCAACAAAUACAACAUUCUGAACGAUGUGCUGUUGUAUCCCGGUCGCGUGGAUGGGCUGCCCCACGACCGACCGCGUGCAAAUGCGUUCCUGAACAUGCAUGGGGGUAGUGGGGCCGUCGAGUUUUCGCUCGACUUUCGCAAGUUCAAAGUGGACGUGACAAAGGUCAUCUACAAGAUCACCAGCGAAUGCCUCAAGACGCAAGUCAUCUUUCCACAGUCCAACACCAUCCAAGCGAGCGCGGCAAAGGUUGCGCGCAAGAGCAUGUGGCAGCUGCACAACCUGUCCCUCCAGAUCGGAACGUACUUCCACACCGUGUCUGAUGUCUCGUUGCUGGACACAACUGUCAUGGACAAAACGUUUGUGGACGUUAAGGCCGAUGAGUUGCGCGGGCUGCUCACAGGAUAUUUCAUCCCCAGGUGGCUGAGUUGGUUCAGCAACUACUUUGGGCGCACCAUGUACGUGACGACGUACAACACGGACACGUCGACGGGCUGCGUGCGUUACAUGCAGCACAUCCCCCAGAUGCAAGAGCAAUACGAUGCCGCACGUGCCAAGGCCGGAUUUGAGUUCCUGUUGACCGUGGAUGUGAAACGCAUUGCGUUUACGCUGCCCAGCCUGUUGUAUGAUGUUGCGUCAGACGACAUGGUGCUGUGCGCGCGUGACGUGCACGUCGGCCUGCACACACAACCCACGCGCAUGCAGCUCGAAGCGCAGCUGAAAGAGGUGGGCGUGGUUGCCGCAUCACAUGCAGACACGUUCUUCAACUCACCAGCCUCAUUCACAACCGCACAAGUGUCCACCGCCAACAACAACGACACCACCGCCAACAACAACGACGCCACUGGCACCAUCACCAGCAACAACGCGACCAGCAUCACCAGCAACAACGACACCAACAACAGCAGCAGUCGGGCUCCAGACGCGCCGUGCAGCGGUGACAAUGCCAUUGGGUGGCUGCGUAUCCCAAUCGUGAACAUGGAGGCAUAUUGGCUGCUUUCACGUGCAGUUGAGGGUGCACCCACCACCACCUACUGUUGGAACUUGGAGACGCGCGUGUCGCCUGCUGUGGGGUCGCUCGCAACGGAACAUAUACAGCGGCUGUCGUCGUUUGCGCGCGUGUUUGCGUUUCACCUUCGUGACCUUGACAACAUCCUCCCCGUGCCUUCGCAUCUCAAGAUCAGCAUCAAGCAGCCUGUUCUCUCGGCCGUGGCACACUCCACCAGCCACCAGUCUGGGGCUUCGGCUGUUGUUGGCGAUGGUGGUGGUGAUGAUCCUGGUGCUGAUGGUGGUGGUGGUGGCUUGCGAAGGCAGCAGCCGCUGCCAGCGCGAGAGAGCGAAGGCGGUGAGGGCGCUCAAGGUCAGCGUCAUGCCGAACGCUUGAGCAUGCAGGCAACGCAAGGCGACGUUGACAAGUACCUGACGAGCAGUGCCGCUGCUACACGGGGUGGUGGUGAAGGCCGUGAUGAUGACGAUGGACUUGGUGACAGUGGCAAUGAUGACGAUGACGAUGAUGGUGAUGAGGAUGAUGAUGGUGGUGGUGAAGGCCGUGUUGGUGAAGAAAUGGAAGACCAAUCAAGUAGUCGUGCUGCACAGGCUGGUUCUCGCCACCACAACGCGUCUGCCCCCGUCUCUGUUGAAGUGCACGAUGAUGAUGAUGAUGAUGAUGAUGAUGAUGAUGAUGAUGAUGAUGAUGAUGAUGAUGAUGAUGAUGAUGAUGAUGAUGAUGAUGAUGAUGAUGAUGAUGAUGAUGAUGAUGAUGAUGACGAUGACGAUGACGAUGGUGAUGAAAAUGUGCAGCGUUCACGCCCAGCCACUGCGCAGUCAACAGCGUCUGCAUCUGUACGCUCCAAAUCCAUCCCGCCCCGCAUCGUCACAGUUGAAACAGAAGACAAUCAGAAACCGUCACACCCACAAACCAUGUCACCACAUGUCCCUCAAGCAGCUUCAAGCACACCCGCACAGCAACAACAACAACAGCAGCAACAACAACAACAGCAAGCAUCCAGCAGUCGCCCAACAUCGCCUCUUCGACUCCGCCCCCUCCAACGUCGUCGCUCCAUGUCCUCAGACCAGAUCAACACCAUCACCAGCAGCGCCACCGGUGCACCUGUCGCAUCGGAGCCCGGGCGCUGGCUGUCAUCGUCACUGCUCGCCAACGCGUCCAUCCCAGACAUCACAGCCCUCUUCAAGCGCAUGGGGCGUGGUUGGGGCAGCCGAUCGCCAGAACCGGACGCAGCGUCCACCGCCGCCACGACCACAGCUGCUGCUGGCACUGCUGGUGACACGACGUCAACUUCGCCAGGGCGACCACGCGCCAACACGCUGGACGUGCCACGCCCAAAGCGGAAACUGUUUCUGUUCUCGCCUUCGUCGUCGCCCCUCUCCUGGCGACGUGGCAGUGGCAUCACCUCACCAGCCAGCGCAGCGUCGCGUUCAAACGCUGCGACACCCCGGGGCAUGACGAUGGACGAUGACGAUGACUUUGAUGACGGGGAAGGACGCUUGCCAACGCGUUACAGCAAGCGCGACAGCGACUACCACGACGCACUCGCCCGCUCUCUCGGGGCGAAGACGCUGGCUGAGCUUGAGCAGUGGUUGACAGGACAGCACAGCACGCCGUUUGCGACGCUCAGGAUCCGCCUUGAUGGCCUUGAGGUGCUGGUUCGCAACGGCGGCACAGAUUUGACGCGUCUUCAUCUCCCGCGCGGUGUCGAUGUCACCAUGGACACACUCAUCAGAGAUGGCCACCGCCAGUAUCUGUCCGUUCGCACGGGCGAUGUUGUGCUGCACCACUUUGCUCGCGACGCCCUGUCCAAACAGCAGCUCAACCAGCAGCAGCAGCGCAGUGCUCUGACGGACGUCACUCACCAGUACCUGCAUCAGAAACAGGAGGUGUGGCGUGAGGUUGGGCUCGUCAAGGCUGCGUGCAACGUGGUGGUGUUGGACAAGGCAGGCGCGCAGUGGCAAGAGGAAGCAAAGCAGCAGCUGGCGUUUCUUCGCUGCAUGGACAGGCAGUGCAUGCGCAUACCAACAGUGUGGACGCGGCGGGAGUGGCUGGUGCUGGCUGAUGGUGGUGAUGGCUCCGUUGACCGCCGCCGCCUUCAUCGCGUGCCCUCACACCGCAAACGCACACGCCGCGCGGGUGGUGGUGAUGAAGAUGGUGAUGGUGAUGGUGGCGAAGGCGUUGGUGGUGGCAUUGGUGUGGCCGAUGAUGGCGGUGAUGGUGACGAGAUCGACGGCAGGACAUUGGAUGGCAAGAAAGUGAAACUGAAGAAGAGACGAAAGAGGGAUGCAGACAAGAACUCGCAUGCAACAACAGCCAGUGCAGCCGCGCUUGGUGCUUGGACCGACAAGAACAAGCCUGCACUCAAGUCCAUGCCCACUCUUCCGCUUCGUGCAGCCGCCACCGCCAUGGCAAGCGGUAGCAGCCAACCACGCCACCACCACCACCGCCGCAUCAACCACGGCGGCGUUGGCGUUGGCGGUGGCGGUAGUACACCUGUGCGACGCGCAGCAACGGCACGGGCAGCGGUGGGACGACAACACAGCCGCGACCUCGGCAGUGGAGGGCGUGAUGCCCGUCACCGCCUGCGCAAGGCGACGAGUGAUGCGAGUGUCGGUGUUGCUGAUGACCGCUGGACGCCGCGCCUCACACGCGUGGACAUCGACGACCCGAACCAGUGGAGCGGCGAGAUGAUUGCAUCGCACCACCACACGAGCGACAGGCGCCCUUCGUCUGCGAGCUCGCGCCUCGUGCAUCUGCCACCGACAUCCGUUUCCGGCACCGGCUACCGCGCUGCGUGGCUCGGUACAUCCCGCUCGCAGAAGCCAACGCUCGACCUGCUUGCACACUCCGCGCCAGCUGCCCCCUCAACAGGCCGGCGCCUACGCAAGGCGGGGAGCCUGGAGCCUGCCAGCCUGUCUGCAAGCAUCAACGACGCAUUUCAGAACGAAGGAGAUGCCAACACACCAAAUGCAGGUGACUCUUUGACGCUUCCGCCAGCAGCAACAGCAGCGUCGUACGUGCGCCGGCCUGCCACCGCCAUGACCACGACGCCAACAACCGCAACAGCGCCGCUGAGCGGCAGCAGCGUGGGCGACGGCACGGAAAGCAUGUUUGGCGCGCUUAGCGGCGUUGGCGGCACGUUUGUCACCACGAGCGAAGACGAGUCGCUUCCCUUUGGCAGCAGCAGGCGAUCAUCCAUCAUCAGCCAGGCGCACGCACGCUCACCAUCGUCACGCCCGCACUCACGCUCCCUCCUCCGCCGCCGUGCAGACACGUUUGCUGCUGCGCCUCUCGCUACCAUCACGGAGGGCGCUGGCAGCAAUGCCGACGACGCGUCUGAUGAGGGAGAUGGUGAAGAGAACGGCAUUGGUGAUGGGAGUGAAUGCGGUAAGGCCGCCACCACAAACGUUGGUGGUGAGCGUGACGUGUGGAAUGAGCUUCUCUCCGGUAGUGGUGGCGGUGGUGGGCUGAGCGGCAGCGGGCGCGUUGACAGCACUGACAGUGGCGAUGACUCGUUCAUGGAUGCACAGGACGAGCUUCUGGUGAGCAGUGGCAGGCGCACGUCUGCGCAGUCUGACGGUGGCAUUGGCAGCGGUGGUAAUCAUGGUGAUGUUGAUCGUGCAGGACGCGACGAGGUGGGUGUUGGUGAGGAAGCUGAGGUCAGUGGUGGCAGGCGUCCUUUGAACACCAGUGCUGACGACGUUGAUGCCGACACCGUGAGCGUGGAUUCCUUCCAAUCUGCGCACUCACACCUCUCCUCAUCCGCACGGUCAUCCCCACCGCCACCACCGGCACCGCUGGCGUCCACAACAUCGACAACCUCAUCGUCGCAUUUGCGCCGGUCCGAGUCUGCUGUAUCGCAUGAUGUGGGCGCUUCACAUUCCACCUCUCAUCAGCAACAGCAGCAGGAACAACAACAACAACAACAACAACAACAACAACCACAGCAACAGCAGCAACGACAACAACAACCACAGCAACAGCAGCAACAACAACAACAACAACAACCACAGCAACAGCAGCAACAACAACCACAGCAGCAGCAGCAAGAGCAAGGACAAGAACAGCAAGGACAACCACAGCAACAGCAACAGCAGCAGCAGCAGCAGCAGCAGCCACAAGUGCAGCAAGAGCAAGGACAAGAACAGCAAGGGCAAGUGCAGCAAGGACGACAGCCGCCUUCACGGUCGUUGUCUGCUGGUGACAUUGCGCACAACGCAGUGACGUCAACAUCAGCAGCACGUGAACGAACAGACGCAUCAUCGGCGACACAGGCACAUGUGCCAGCACGCUCGUCUUCGCUCGGAUCCCUGACACGCAUGCGUGAACAGGUGGACACACAACAACCAACGCAAGAACACGCGAUGACGCGUGCGCACUCUACAUCGUCGUCUCUCAGCGACACCUCGCGACCGAUUCUGAGACGCCAGUCCUCAUUCACGUCCUCCUACACCCGACAGGGCCGCGCGCGUGCUCACCGCGAUGGCAGUGGUGACGGUGGUGACGAUGGUGACGAUGAUGGUACUGGUGCUGACGUUGGUCGCAGUGGUGGCGCAAGGCGCAUUGUGUCGUGGAGGGACUUGACAGAGAAUGCAGAUGCAACAACAGACACAGUUCCGCUGCAUCACGAUGACAACCACAGUGCUGAUGGUGAUGGUGAUGGUGAUGGUACGCUUGUUGAGAGCGAUGACACGGAUGUCACGCCGCUGAAUGGACGCGCUGUUGCCGAGGGCACCCUUUUCCAGGGCCUCACCCAUGCUGACAUUGUGGAGAUGCAAAGCAGUGGCCAUCGCUUCUCCCGAAUCCAGCCGCGUCGUCCUCUCGCCACGCCGCUGAUUGUCGAGCCAUUCGAUGCUGGCCUGAGCAGUACCAGCAGCAGCAGCAGCAGCAGCAGCAGCAGCAGCAGUAGUAGUGGCAGCGGCGAUGAGAGCGACCGCGCUGGCAGCGGUGGCACCGACGGCUCCAUGUUCCAGUCCUCGUUGAACGACCCCCAAUUUGCAUCAGGGCUGUACAGUGGUGGUCGUCACGUCAACGGCACCACCGCCACGCUAGAGCAGCAGCGUGCAAGCAAGAGCGAUGGUGACGCUGUUGUUGGUCGCCACCACGCAUACGACAGCAGUGCUGAUGGUGCAGGUGUGCACGGAAGGUUCAGUGCAGGCGAUGCUGUUGGUACGGCAGUGAAACGAGCGAGCAACGCACGUUCUGCAUCCCUGGCAGAGAAAGGCGAUAAUGGUAGCGAUGAUGGCGAUGGUGGUGAUGAUCGCAGAGCGCGACGCUUGAGCAGACGUGCACAGACAACGGGCGACGAGCAGCACGCAACCGUGACUGGUGCUGACACAACACGUGGUGUUGGUGACGAUGGUGAUGUUAACGAUGGCAGCGAGCGUGUGGCAGGUGCAUCGAAGCGGGAACAAAAGCGCCGACGGAAGAGAAAGCGGCGCCUGGCACUUGAAGAUUUUCUUCCUGUCUUUGACGUCGCUGUGCCGUCGUCACCAGCACGGCAUCUGCCGUCGUUCACCAUGCGCGCCCUCCGCGGCCAGCUGCCGGGUUUGCCGUACAUCCACGCGAAGCCGAAGCGAGGCAGUCGCAAACACACGCAGACGGCGGACGGUUGCGACGAUGGUGAUGGUCACACGAACGGCGCAGAUGCAUCGGCACCAGCGCACGAGAAGAAGAGGCACAGAGGUGAUGGUGUUGGCGCACAGGAGGGCAGUGCUGCUGGUGAUGAAUCUGCAACACACGUCACCCUGUCUACUGUUGGACCCGUUGAAAUUGUCGUCAGCCCACUCCUCAUGACGUCGUUGGAACGCAUCAUUGAGCGCGUGACGCAACAGCCAGAUGGAGACCCGGAAUUUGACCGCUGUCUCGACACCAUUCAGUUUGAUCUUAUGAACACCAUCAUGGGCCGUGAUGCGAUGAAGAUGAACCAAACGGCGCAACGGCCCGUCGUGGUUGUGGCGCACGUGCCCAUCAUCAAUCUUCGAUGCCUGCAAGCAAGUGCGCUGCACAUGCCACAACACCUCCAGCGCCGCGAUCGCCACGACUACCACCACCACCACCACCACCGCGAGCACCACCACCACCGGUCGUCACGCGGAGCAAGCCAGACGCAGCGCCAAUCGUCCCGUGAUUCGAAGGUCUCAAGCCAACACCAAGGCACACCCCACAAGCCGCGUCACACACGCCAUGCUCGUAACCACCAGCAACAUGCAAAGUAUGGGCGGGAGCAGCAGCACGAGAGCCACAGACCAUUCUCACACGCAAGAGACAACAACAGACCGCCAUCACCACGGUCCCCCCGUCCACAGUCGCGUGCUCGGCGACCAAAGUCGCGCGCAAAGGCAGAGCGGACAGCGUCGCUGAAGCGGCGCCCAACACGCAAGGAGGGCGUGCUGUUUGCCUGCAUGCAAGUUCGGGGUGUGUCUUUGAGCGUGGGCACGACAACGCACACGAAGCCAACCGCUGGCUUUGGCGUUGGUGGCGUGGAUGGACAGGCUGCCCAUGGCAUGGGUGCGAGCUACACGCACGUCAGCGCGAGCGCGAGUGCUGCUACCGGUGCUGGUGCUGGUGGGAGGCGAAUUGGGAAAGAUGGAAUCAAGCAGAAGCGCGGUCGACGAAAGGCGAGGGCAGACGCGGCGCCUGUUGGCACAGGUAACCUGGACACACGCACCGUUCACGAGACGAGCGCAACAUGGCAGCAGCAACACCAGCAGCAGCAGCAGGAAGGGUCGCUGUCACAGUCUGCACGGCAGAAGCAGCGGCAGCCGAAGCGAAGACAGUCGCGGCAGCAACGUCGGCAGCAACAGCAACAGCAACAGCAGCAAGAGGAAGAACAGCUGCGGCAAUCACAGCAGCGCCGCGGUAAUGGUAGCGGUGGGGCCGAACCCAACGCGCACGGGGGCGGAUACGAGCAUGGUGGUGGUGGUGGUGAUGGUGGCCAUGCAUUUGAUGAAAGCACAGCGACGGGUAUCGGCGUUGGAGAGGGCGCGGAGGACGAGUGGUUUCACCGCGGGGCCGUCUGUGUACGCGCGUCGUUCGAGGAAGUGCACGCGCAUUUGUACACAACGUCAUCGCUUGUGUCGCCGUUCAGGGGCAUUCAGCCCAAGAACGAGGUGUCCAACCUCACGCUGUCGCACCGACGCGGUUUCGCCACGCGCAUCGCCGAGGGCGUGGUGGACGGAUUCUCGACCACCGUGAGCCUGCAUGCAACGCAGAGAGACGCACGUGCAACGAGACGUGUACACGCACUCGUGAAGGUGCUCCUACACACCUCCGUCUGGCAGUGCACGCCCGCGCUGCUGUAUCUCAUGCCGUGUGCAGCAGUUCCGUGGCUGGCGCCCAGCCGUCACCUCAGCGCCGCGCUCGCCACAUCAAAGCGCCUGGCACGCUUCCACAGACAACUCAUUGUUCGACACUUGCUUGACAGAAUCUGCCAGGACGAUGCGGCUGUUGCUGAGAUUCCGGUUUUGAUCGAGCGCUCGCGACUCCUUGAGCACCUGGAACUACUUGGUCACGAACACGAUCCAAACUGGCAGCUGCUUGUCCACUUCCGCUCAUUCCUCAAAUCAGAAGGCGAAACGUCAAACGUGUGGGCGCAAUUGCGUAAUGAGCGCCGGUUGCUGAUGGAAGAUUUCCUGCUGGAGCGGGACCCGGUCAAGCUGUGGCCAGCGGUUGAGCGUGUGCCGAGCUGGUACGGUGUGAAUGGUCCUGACCACGCGUACAGAUCGCUGCUGCGUCUCAUUGGCAUCGCUGACCCCAAUCCGCUCGUCCCACUCGGUGAUGCGCCCCUCAAGGUCGACGUCGGCAUUGAACUCGACAGGGCUGUUGCAGGCAUCUGCUCACUGUCUUCUGCAUCUCUCGAUCUCGGAGCAUCCAUGCACGAAGCCAAGUUGCAUGUGGCAGGGCGAUACAACCCGGGCCACGUCACUGGCAACGGCGACAUCAGCCAGCCGCACAUCCGGGCGAAUGUGCUUGCUGCUGCGGGUGCAUCCGAGUUUACCGCACACGACGAUCUUGCGCGUGUGCUGAGUGAGCUGGACGAAACACUGCUUGCCCUCGCACAAUCACGCGAGCCGCUACCACCAUCUCGUCCAGCCGCGCCCCCGGUCAAGAUCACCCUCCCACACACGAUUAGCGGUGGCGAUGAUGGUGGUGAUGGCGGUGAUGGUGGUGAUGGUGAGGGCAGAAUGGCACAAGAGACGGUGAGCAGUGAUGUGCGCCAUCACCACGGACGCAGCAGUGGUGAGCAUGUGUUGAACCAGAACCAAUGGCGACGUGAGAGUGCUGUUGUGUCCAAUGCACACGUACCAGUCGAUCACAUCGCCACCACCCACGACAACGACAGCCUGCCACGUCGCAGUGGCAGUGGUGACCAGCAACCACCUCGGUCGCUGUCGUUUGCAGACACGCCCCCAUCCACAUCUGUCUCGCUCUCGCGUUCAUACGCACCUGGCAGCGCGCCCGACACGACACGCACGCACUCUGCUCGCCGCUCCGUCUCACUCAGCAUUCCCACACAGCACCAGCAGCAACAGCAACAGCAGCAACACCUGCAUGCGCAAGGCUCCAACCCCACCAUCACCCCAAACCGCACGCCCGCAUCCGCACGUGUGCGUGCGUAUUCACAGGGCCGGCGUUCGUUCCUUGGGCUUCGCUCCCUGGGGCGCGUGCGCAGUCUUCGUGGCAUGACAUCCAGCGAACGUGAUGAUGCGCAGGAUAAUGGCGAGUACAACAGCGGCGAGUUUGUGCUGCGAUCCACCAGCCGUGGGCGUGAUGUUGGUGAUUAUGAUGAUGAGAAUGGCAUCAGGAAUGACGAUGAUGAUGAUGGAGGUCGUGGUGGCAGGCGAGCGUCCAAGCGCACGCGUGGCAUCCGCAAGAAGCGAAAGCGAUCACGAACAAACACAACGCAGAGCAUUCUCCUGCCACCGCGCGAGCAAGUGCAUGCGGACAUGUACCCCGCUGGCGUUGAGCUUGCGCUGUCGGCGAAAGUGAGUGCACAGUCGACCAGCACAAAGAUAGCCGUUCGCUUGGCCACAUGCGCCGUGGAGACAACAACCGAUCCCAUUCACCUGGCAGGGUCCAUUGACACUGUUGGCAAGCGCCUGCUCAAGAGACACCACCGUCACCAACACCAGCAUGACCAACACGAACAACAGCAGCAACAACAGCAACAACAACAGCAGCAGAGACAGCGGCGCCCACGCACCCGGCAGCAGGCAGCAAACAACACACGCAGUGAAGACAACGACGAAGACCUCAGUGCCAGUGGCGGAAGAGGCACCAUCCCAUCGCCGUCGCUGGAUAUGCGGAGUGUGCUCGGCGAUCUGCAGUGUCGCUUUGCGCAGCAGUGGGUGGUGACGACGAAAUCACUGCGCGUGCGUGCGGGCCAACACCGGCGCUUUGGAUUGCUCAGUGUCCGGAUUUCUGGACCAUCUGUCCAGCUGAUGCGAAAUGCGGACAAGCGUGACCGCUUGCUUGCCCUGGAGCGACAGGGUGUGAUGAUCACAGCAGAUGGGUGCGACGUGGAGUUGAUUGAUCUUCCAGAAUGGCAUCGCCUGACAGACGGCAUUGACGCCGCAAUUGCGCUGGCAAACGCCGGGGCACCGUUGCCCGCAAGCAUUUCACAGGUGGCGGCUGCCCACUUUGCACCACGCACGCUCAUGCUGGCCACAUCGUCCUCACCAGCGGCAGCAACGCAGGACCGCGGCAACAUUGGUGGCGACGAUGCGAGCAAGGCGGGUAAUGGCCGUGACAUGUCUGCACCGUCAUCAGCCAACAACAACAACAACAACAACAACAACAACAACAACAACAACAGCAACACAGCCAGCGCUGAAGCUGUGCGUGGUGGCGGUGGUGGUAGUGAUGCAAUGAACACAUCACAUGCAAGCAGGCCGCUGUCGCACGCGUUCUCAAUUGGUGCGGGCAACUUUGGCCCUGUGCUAAUUACCCACACCUCUGACGACGACGACGACGACGAAGACGAUGGCACGGAUGGGGAUGGCGAUGAUGGUGACGACGACACCAGUGACAGUGCUGCCAGUGAAGAUGACAGCAUCGCGAGACACAGGCGCCACGCCGAUACCCACGAUCAAGACCGCAGCGGUGUGGCUCGAGCGCAACCACGGCAGCAGGGACUUUCGCACGCCCGAGCACACCACCAUGGCGAUGAUGUGGUGAUUGAACUUGGCAGUGUCCACGGGUCAGGGAGUGAUGGUGAUGAUGAUGAUGAUGAUGAUGACAGCGGAGAGAUUGCUGGUGCUGGACGUGGCGUUGUUGGCACCGACCAGGGCAUCCGUGAUCGCGAUGAUGAUGAUGUGAUUGUUCGCGGGUUUGAUGAGGAGCAUGACAUGCUCAGCCAUCAUGGCAAUGUGCAAGAGACGAUGUUUGCCACACGGUCAGCACCGGCUGUGCAGCAAGAGCAGCAAGAGCAGCAGCAGCAGCGCCGUGGAAGAACAGAGUGGCUGGAGGAUGACAACAGGACAAGUUCCGACUUUGGGCUACGGAGAACGGCACACGGCGCUUCGCCACGAUCACAGGAUGGGCCUGGUCAUGAUGAAAGCAACAGCGCUGCCCGUCGUGGUACACAAAAUGUCAACACGGAUCAGCAACAACCGCACGAACCGCAACAGCAGCAUCAGCAACAAGGGCAACAGCAACAAGGGCAACAGCACGCUUGGCAUGACGACAAGCAAGAAGAGCAGCAACCAGAACACGGUCAGUCCACCAGCCCGCAAUUGCCUGCUGCUGCGAGUCCAGUGCUCACCACUGUGGCGCUCGCCGUGAGCAACUUCAGCGUGAGGGCGCAAGGCGUGGAAGACCUCUCGUACAAGAUUGCGUCUAUCCUUGCGAGUGCGACGACAGACACGAGCGACACUGCAAACGAAUGGGACAUGACGCUUCACAUUGCAGAGCAGCAUCUUCAAGUUGCUGGCUCAAUGGCUGUCGGCGACACUAUGCCUUCAGCUACCGGUGUGGACAGCGGUGGUCGUCACCGAGGUCUGGAACCAUCGCCAUCCUCGACAGUGUCAAUGCUCGUCGGCAGUGUUGCGCAGGCAACAACCCGCGCCCAGCAGCGAGACAGCGACAGCAGACGCGCCAGCAAAGACAGUGCAGAGUUUGCGCGUGCGAGUGCUGCCAAGCAGCAGCAGCAGCGGCGGCGCGCACGUACCAGGUUUGCCACGCGCCCGUCGCCGUCGUGGUCGUCGUCGUCAUCAUCAUCGUCAUCGGGUGAUGAAGAGGACGAACGAAUUUGGGUUGAGAUGAAGCAGCCAUCCAUAUCCCUGCCCGAAAUUAUCAUCAAGGCGUCCAUUUCCAAACAGCAAAGGAAGCAGCAGCAUCAGGAAGAGGAAGAAGGACAAGGGGGGCAUGAGCAGAAGCAACAAGAGCAGCACAGGCAAGAACAGCAACAGCAACAACAGCAACACCAAGAACAUCAACAGCAACAGCAGCAACAGCAACAGCAGGAAGGCGCAGUGCAGUUGUCUCGUGCAGCCAAUUUGCAUGUGUGGGUGCGGCGAACGGUGGUUGCCGUUCCCCUCAUCUCACAGAUGAAAGGCCUGGCGAGUGAGCGAGACGAGCUGCAUGCACAGCUGCAGGCCGUGCUGGUGGAUGUGCUGAGUGCGUGGUCACAACUGCUGCGGCGGCGGCAAGAGGUGAAAGAGGAGCGAGAACGGGAAAAUGGCGGCAGCGGUGGUGGUGGUCGUCGUCAGCAAACGAGCAGGUCACAGAGCAAACGCGAGGAAGACUUGCACCACGACAGCAGCAGUGGUGGUGGUGAUGCCGAUGGUGACAGCGCGUUGGAUUGGCAGGUGGUGGUUGAAUCUGAAGGCGUUGAGUUGACGGCACUGACACGAACGACAUUUGUUACAUUCGACACGGGCGCAUUUUCCAUCGAGGCAGACACCCAGCGUGAGACAAUUGGCAAGGUGCUUGGUGUGCACCUUGAAAUGGCAUCACCGUCCAUCGUGUGUGGCAGCCUGGCUCAGCGCCGCGCCCACCAGACUGGCAAGGUCGCUCACCUCAAGGGCUCGUUUGCUGUCAUCGCAAAGUACAGCCUGUCAUCCGCUGGCUUUCCAUCCACCGGCACCGCUCCCACGACCACCACGUCCACAUCCAGAGGUCAACGCCGAUCCCAGGACUUUGCCAGUCCGCGCCUGCUUCUCCGCGUUGCACUCAUCAACAACACCAUCUACGUUCCGCCAAGCGCCAUCAACCACUUCCUCUGGUUUGUGGUGGACACGAAAUCCACCGCUGCGCUCUGGAAGGGCGCCAUUGAGGCCGAGCUGCCUGAAUUGGCCACUGCUGGCGCGGCGGCACAACAAUCGGGCGCCAGUGCCGGUGGCGGUCUCGCUGCCAUCAUUGGGCUGAAGUUGCAUGUGCAGGUGGAGGUGAAACACGUGGACUUGACGCUGCCGCUCGUCGAGUCAAGCAUGAGCUCUCUGGCCGCCAGCCCAAAGUUCACCAGCUUUGCCAUUGUUCGCCUUGCUGCAUUCUCCGCCAUCGUCGGCAAUGUUGAGCGUGGGCGGGUGCGGAUGAGGCGGCUUCGCUGUUUCUUCGCGCACGAGACAGACCCACAGGCCCAGAACAAUCCAAAGUAUCUGGAGCAUCGGUCCACCAACUCCGUGCACGUUGCGUUUGGCGAGCUGCGCCUCUUUACGAAAUCAUUUGCCAGUCCACAUUCCGGGGUGCGCGGGGCAUUCCAGGUUGCGGCGCGAAUGCGUUUGAGUGGACUGAAACUUCGCAUCGACCCAGAUCUCGGCAAAUUUGUCGCCAUCACCAACGCCGUUCUCAACGAUGUGUUUCUGCCGAUGGACCGACAUCGGGAGCUGCUGUACAUCUUGGGCUCGUCGUCGCAGGAGCCGGAUCUUGUCAUCCUCGCUGCCAUGCUCAAGCGCCAGGAACGCGUUCUGCAGACACUCGCACACACAAAGACGCGGCCUGAGGUUGGAAGACUGAUGCUAGAGCAGUUGCAGCAGACGGCGCAGCGACUGGCAGAGUGUCUUGGACUGCACGACGAAGGUGACGAUGAACAACAACAACAACAACAGCAGCAGCAGCAGCAGAAUGGUGGGAAUGGGUUGCGCGGUCGAAUUGAGUUUGAUGGAAAUGGUGAUGAUGCCGUUUCUGUCGUCAGCGCUUCAUCGCAGGGCGGGUCAAGUGCCCUCUCACGGCCGGGGCAGCGGUCAGCGCUGUCGCAAUUUCUCUUCAACGCGGACAUCAACAUCGCCAUCACGGACAGCAAAGUGUACUGCUGCCUCCCCAGCACCAACAAGCACGCCAGCCCGCGCCCAAGUGCAGUCGCACACGCAGAACCAAACGAUGCGCCUGCGUUGAAGAUUCAGCGUUUUCCUCUUCCCGGCUGUUCCCUCCGCCUCUCCUAUCGCUCCUUCCAAUUCCGCACGCAGACACACCAGUUUGAAGAACAACAACCAAAGCUGUUUGCUGCUGUCACCAUUGGUGACGUGCACACUGGAGACGCGAAGGAAUCGGGGGCGAACGAUCAAGAGAAACCGAAAGCGGAUGGCAGCGCACAGCAGGCUGUGGUGAUUUACCCGUACUUUCUUGCGUUUCUUGAGGCAACACACGCCUCGUUCGUACGUAAGCAGCGUGGGCUGCUCAUCGCGACACCACAAUAUGCUGAAGCCGCUGAAGUUGCUUCGCUGGAUGAGCGCCUGUGGCGGCAUUUGGACGUCAGCCUCAGCUUGCACACAUCGCGCGCAACGCUGUGCCUCUCCUGCUACCCGCGCUAUCACGUGGACUGCACCAUCAGCGUACCGCCCCUCGACAUGCAUCUGUCGUCGUACGCAUCGACAGGGUGCCACCCAUCCCCACUCGUGCGUCAUACGCGCAUCACCAGCGUUGCGUGCCGCCUGCGCAGCUUGUCGCUGAGCGUCCACAGCACGCGGCAGUGGGCAGGUCGGACCGCUCGUCCGGCGUUUGCACUCAACGUGGACACCGCCGCCGUCCAGGUCUCAAAGCGAUUCGCACUCGCACAGGUGAAGGAGAGGACGUUUUCGAUUGUUGCAGAGGCCGGGGCAAUCACGGCAAACUACGACACGACGCAGCUGAACGAGGCACGAACUUGUUGUAUUGGCGUGUUGUCGUUCCGGCAGUGCUGGUUCUCCGAUUACGCGCUGGAUCGCAUGCUGUUCGCCCGUUACGCCGCAACAACAAGCGAUGCUGGCGCAGGUGAUGGUGGUGCAGCGGGCGGCGCAAAGCACAGCGGGGACGAAGACAACAGCUACACGUCCAUGAUGAUGCUGCUGCGAGCACGAUCGGUGGAAGUCGCCGUCAACCUCGGAAUGAUCAUUGGCGAGAUCACGGCGGGCACGUACGAUCUGUGUUACGACAGCUUCAUCUUCGCUGGGUUUGCAGCAGCGCCAGAGGACCCAGAAGCGAUUGUCGCUGUACCAAAGACAAACACAUCCGCUCUGUCGUUUAGUUCCAUUGGUCUGCAGUCCACUGGCGAAAAGGCCAUUGUGAACGUGAACAUGCGUCUCAACGACUGCACUUUCGGCCUGUCGACAAUCACCCCACCCCUCUCUUCCGUCAUGGACGACUGGACCGAAAAUCCGCCGCUUCUCAACUACAUGGCGCGCAUCAGCACGGUGAGCGGGUGCGUUCAGUACGAUGAGCCCGUGAUUCUUCGCCUCAACGCCCAAACCAUCGACAUUUCAACCGCAAACGGACCAGAACACGUGAGCAUGUUGGUGGCCGCGGAUGUGCUGGGUGUGUAUGUGAGCCAGGACACCUACCCAUACCUCACAACCAUCUUCAAGCGCCUUGAGGCGACGUUGGCAGCGCAGCAGCGUGGAUUCUUGCAGACGCUGACGAGUGGCGAUGGUACGCACGCACACGAAACAGCAACGGCUGCAGCUGCAGUUAAGGCGGCGGCAGCAGCCAAGGCGAAGAGAAACAGGAAGAAGCACUCCAAGACAAGCGGGGACAACGUGAGAGGGAAUGCGAAUGUGGGUGCAGAGAGACGAAACAGUGGUGGCCAUGUGUCGCCGCGAGCACGGCGCUCUCGGCCGAACCGUAACACCAGCGGUGGUGGUGGUGGUGGUGGUGGUGGUACAAUCUUGUCACCACCAUUGUCAUCCCCGACAGCGACAAUGAGUGUGCUGGAGGACGCGAGACGACAGGUGCGGCGGUUGUGGACAUCCCGCGAACACAUACGCGCGGAUGGAGCACACCGCGGCCAUACACGUGAACACGCGAGCCGCAGUGGCGACGUGACUGGCAGUGAUGAUCACGAUCACGAUCAUGUUGACGUUGACGUUGAUGUUGUUGAUGUUGAUGUUGAUGUUGAUGAUGAUGUUGAUGAUGACGACGUAGAUGGCGUGAUGACAACACCCCCAACGUCACCGCUGCUGCCGCCAGAGGUGCAGGAGUACGAGAGCAAGUUUGCGCUGAACGUUGGUAGGAUCACGCUUGUUGUGUUCAAGACGAGCUUCAAGGACAGCACGUGGGCGGAGUUGGGGGCAGAGGACAUUGCGCUGCUGUUCACGAGUAUGGACGCGUGUGAUGACGUCACCGGCGACAAAACGGCCUUGCAGAAACUGACGGUGAAGAUUGGAAUGGCUGAACCACGGACCUCUGGUGGCCAUGGCGGUGAUGUCGAUGAUGGUGAUGACAGCGGUGGUGGUGGUGGUGGCGACAAGACUGCCGCCGCGUCGGCACGCAAGGCGCCCACCACCAAGAUGAACACGGCCUGGGGCAGCAGCUCUCCUGCUGCUGAUGGCGGUGGUGAUGGUGACACGAGGCGUCGUGGCGGUGUUUCAGGUGGACGACUGGUGCUCGCACAGGUCUCGCGCACCGCAGCAAGCAAGAGCAAGCGGGUGCCACCAACAUCGGACGAGUGGAUUUCGCACUUCAGCGACGACAAAAACAGGAGCCCAGCCAUCAUCCUCUCCCUGCCAAGGUCACGGGUUGCGUUUGUUGCAGACGUGGACUAUUCCUCGCGCGUGGUGCAGACGUCGUUCCUCGCCGACCCGCCUGUGCUCGGGGUGUCGCUCAACGGGCAACACUAUGUCUUCCUUCUCGAGGUGUAUCGUGCCUGCAAGCAACGCAUUAUGCGGUGCACAGGUGCAGAUGCACCCAAACCGCCUGCCGCUGAUGCAGUCGCCUCCAAGCGCAGUGACACUGAUGGUGGUGACCAUGAUGACGAGGAGGACGAUGAUGGCAGUGAUGGAAGCAGACGCAUUGGCAAUGGUGGUGCUGGCGAUGGUGGUGCAAAGAGCCAGCGGGCUGCAGAGUGGCAGUUUGUGUGUAUGCGGCGGCCAGAGGCGGACGUCGAGCAACAGCAGAAGACGAAACCCAAGAAGAAGGACAGGCCAGAGCACGGCGCGCACUGCCAGUUUAUGAUCAACCCGCAGAUACGUGCGUCAAGUACCGGCAGCAUCUCAGUGCCAAGCGUGGAGUGGCUGCUGCGCACACUUCUACACGUGAAGGAACCGCACGUCGCCAUCACAGGCAUCAUGUUUGAGGGCGUGAACACCCCGCUCGCCGCGCUGCUGGCGAAAGUGCGCGCGCGGCUGGUGGCAGCCGAGAGGAAGCAGGUGCAGUACGCAGCCGUUGUUGAUGGCGAUGAUCGCGGUGGUGGUGACGGUGGUGGAGGCGGUGAUGGCGAGUGGGACGUGUAA